AUGCAAUUGUUCUUCAUCCUACUAAUAAGUCUUAUUGAUGUGUCUUCUGGGCUACUACAAUCAACCCCAACUUUAAAGAAUCGCAUAGUUUAUGAUAAUGCUCGAAUACCAGUUGACGUGGCAUAUUCACUAACACAACAAAGGUCCAAACUGGGUCUGUAUGAAAUCAUGUCGUUAACAUCAAACAAAGAGGUUGUUCCUUAUAUUUGUCAUCUUCCGGCAGAUAAAGAGGUGAAUAUUUCAAAACCAAUCCAUUCUGCCACAUCUGAGUUAAAGCAACGUGCAAUAGAUAUCAUUCAAGAAACGUUUGAUAAUGGAAAUUGUUCAUUAGCAUUCAAUAUACAAGCAGGAUAUUGGACGGUGGGGUAUUGCUUCGGUGAUAAGGUUAUGCAGUUUCAUGAAGACCUUAUCGAUUUUAUGAGUGGCAAUCACAAGGCACAAUUGCCAAAUCAUGUUUAUGUACUUGGGAAAUUCCCCAAUGUGAAACCUUACAAACAAACCGAAAUAAGGAAUCAAAGAGGAGGACAAAGGGUAAAGCUAGAUCCAAGGGACUUUAUCGUAUUUGACGGUGAAUUUGGCUCCUUUGGAGAUCACGAAGUCGAUUAUUCAACAAAUACGCAAAAGUUUAUCAAACAUACAUUGGGUAAUGGAGAGAUUUGUGAUUUGACACUACAACCAAGAACAAUUGAUAUAGUGUACAAAUGUGAUCAAGUUUUUGGAAAGCCACGGAUAAUGGAGAUUCAGGAAAUCAAGACGUGUCAAUAUCAAAUGAUUGUGAAUGUGCCAAAACUUUGUCAGAUUGAAGAGUUUAGGAAAAACUUGAUUCAUGAGAAUAUAAUAAAUAUAACAUGCAAAAGGAUAGAUGAGAAAGAAAAUAAAUCAACAGAAACUGUGUCUUAUGACACUUUUUUCGAUUAUCACCUGCCUAAUAACCUGGAGUCCCAAAUAGCCAAGAUUAAGAACGAGAAAAUUGACUUGAACCAAUUUCAUAUUAACCCCAUUGGUGAUGGGUUUUACCUCGGAAGUUUGAAAGAAGAGUAUAAAACUGAUCUACCAUAUUGGAAUACCCGAGUUAUUGCAAUGAAUUCGAAUCAAAUUGAUGAUAAAGACUUGUUGAAUAGAUUUGGCAAAUUAUUUCUUAACGCCAUGGAGAGGAAAUUCCCAUCUCCAGUCAUGAUAACUGACAAUAUAGCAACAACACUUCAAUGGAAUGACUCGUUCAUAUACUGGAUUGAAAUGUUUGAUAUAUUUGGUAAUUACAUUGCUUUGUUCAAAAUGGCUCGCGAUGGGAAGGUAGAUAAUCAUGAAGUUGAAUUCCACAAGAUUAAUGCAGUGAAUGAGGAAAACCUUAUGGGUUUCAACUCCGACCUCAGCUACUUUAACCACCCAAAUAAGAAUUGGAAUUUUGAAUUCUUUAAACGAAAUCAGGAGUCUCUGAGUAUAUAG